AUGGAAGUUGGCAAAGGAGCCUUCUGCUACCUGCUUCUUGCCCUAGCCUGCUGGCUGAAAGGAUGCUCGGUGUCCGACACCCCCAGCAGCCCGGAUACGGUGGGCGACCAGGGAGAGCGCCGGCGAGGCUCCUUUCUGGUCAUCGGCGACUGGGGUUGGGAUGCAAAUGCUCAUGGAAAUCUCAAGAGCAAGCACUGUCAACAGCUGGUGGCCGACGUCAUGCACGAACAGAUGGAACUGCUUGGGGAUGUGAGGUUUAUCGUCAACGUGGGCGUUGCUCGGCUUUCAUCACCACAGCCUAGUGUUCAGUCGUUCAAUCUGGAGACGGCGUAG